UUUGUGAGCGGCGCCUUCCCUGGGCCGCCUGGCGCUCACCGCUGGGCAGGCAGCCAGCGCAGAAACGGCCUCAGGCCGCGCGCCCCAGCCCCGGCAGCUCAGCCUGGCCUGGGGCCGCGCUGGAGAGCCUACUGUGUGCAGCCUCUGAGCUCGAGCGCGACCUACUGUGUGCGGCCCUGAAGGAGUGCAAAGUGCAAAACAACCUACGGUGUGCAGCUCCUGAGGGCCAAAAAAAUUUACUCUGCAAAUCCUGAGCAGAUUCAGGGGCUGCUGAGUGUAGGUCCUUCAUGCUUCCAGAACCCACGGGGUUUAGCUCCUGGGUGUGAAUCCUUGCACAGCCCCCAAGCUCGUAGAGAGUUCAGAGUCUGGAUUCCUGCGGGGGGGGGACUGUGUGUACAGCCCGCUGAGCAUUGCAGAACCUACUGUGCGCAGCCCCUUCCCAGUGUGUGCAUUAACUGCCUGUGGCGUGUGACCCUGAGUGCGUGCGUGCCCGCGUGCCCACUGUCUGCACUUCAUUGCAUGUGCAGCCUACUAUGUGCAGCCGCCCGUGCCGCAGUCAGCUCCUGCUGUGUGCGUGCUCCGGCCCGCUCCACAGGGCACCCACAGCAGAAAGCAGACGCGUCCAGCUGGGAGCUCUGCGGGCUGCUGGGCACAGGGGAACCGGACAGCCACCGGCCGAGCCUCACACGUCAGAAAACAUCCCUGCGUGGGCCGGCGCUCACGCGGAAAAGCCCGCGUCUGCGCCACUGGAGAGGUCCUUGAGCGUGAGUGUCCCCUAGAGUCCAGGAAGCAUCCAAGAGCUCACCACAGGCUAGCCACCUUUUAUUUAUUUAUCCAUUGCAUCUUUAAAAAAUGUGCUCUGGGGUUCUGCCUGCAUGGCUGUCCGUAUGAGGGGGUCAGGUCCUGGAGUUACAGACAGUUGUGAGCUGCCAUGUGGGUGCUGGGAAUCAAGCCGGGACCCAGAUAACCGCGGAGCCACCACCUCUCCAGCCCCAGGGCCAGCCACCCUUGAGCUGAGGGGAAAUUUAAAAAUAAAAAUAGCCAGGACAGUCUCACACUCUGGGUCCUGCUGUGGGGGGAAGGCUCUACUUGAGUCUGGUUCUAAUACUGAGGGGUGCACUUUACUCUUGGAGGUGUGGCUGGGGAGAGGGUCCCCCCCCCAUGGGUCUGGGAGGUGGAUUCAGGUAUGCUGGGCUCUGGGUGGGGGUUGGGCCUCCAGGGUUCUUCCAGGAAGUGCCAAAGGCAGGUACAAGGGCAGGCAGUCUCCGUGGGCACUGUGCCAGUCCUUGGCUUCCCUGAAACUGGGCACAGCAGCUGGGAGAGGUUUCCGGGGCCUGCCCAGCCCCACCUGGCCUGGGGCACUCUCGGAGCUGGGCGGGGCUGGCAGGCAGGCAUCCAAGAGGCACAGGGCUCGGCCUGAGCAGGUCUGCACAGGAGAUGCAGAGGCCAGACUUGACUGUGUACACUUGAGGGGUCCCCGGGGUGGGGGCACUGGACCCUGCCUCAUACAGGUGAUGCCCACCCUCGCAUGUCUCCUCUGGCCGUGCAGUAAGGCAGCUGCGUGUUCCCAGGGCUUAUGCACACUUCCCAGGCAAGGACAUCUGUGUCUCUGGGAGAAACUCGUGGAUUCCCCGGCUCUGGGUGACUUAUUAGCCCUCGGUAAAUAUUUGUUUAAUGAACCGCUGCAGGAAUACGCAGACGUUUCAUUUGGUAAAUGUGCAGUAAUUGUGCGCCAGGCAGUUGUGCACGACAAACAAGGAGAGAAGCAACAACCUGGGAAGGAACAGUCUGAGCACAACACUCCAGAGCCGGACAGGGGUAUCCAGGCACCCUCAGAGGCCUCCUCGAGUUUCACAGUGGAGAAAUUGAAGCCCAGAGAAGGGAAGACAAGUGACCACACCGAGGUCGUCUCUGUCACCACCAAGGCUCUCCGCCAGCCCUCGGCCCCAGCCCCGGGGACUGGCCCUAAACGUCGGGAGAGACCCAGACAAGCUGCAGACGCGCUGGGAAUUGCGUUCAUCUUUCCAGCCAGCCGGCUCACCCUGCCGACCUUGAAGAACCCAGACUGGCCGCAAACUCACUGUAUAGCCUAGGAUGACCUUGAACUCCUAACCCUCAAGCCUCCAUUAUCCGUGUGCUGGCGUGACAGGUGCGUACCGGGCUCAGCAUGUGGGUGGUAAGGAGGAUGGCACUCAGAUUGGUUCCCCUGAGCCUUGGCUCGGGCCCCUCGGCCCCUCGGUCCCUCGGUCCCAGCACAACCUGCAGGUGCAGAGACCCUGAUCCCACCCACGCAUCUCACGCGGGAGCAUCGCCCACGGCGGUCUCUGAAAUGCCAGCAAACGAGCUUGCCUGCACGCCGCAUGCGGGCAUCGGGGCGGCAGGGUACCGGGCCGGCGGCGAGUGCAGGGCGAAGCCACGCCCCGGCCUGGGCCACGCCCACCGCGCCGGAGCCGGAAGCCCUGCGCCCGCGUCACGGAUUUCCACCGGGAUUCCCUGGCCCAGACCGCCCGUGACGGUGGCGCCGGCCUGCGUGGGCCACGCUGGAGCCGGGCUCGGGUGACAUCAGCCCCACGAUCUGCGCAGGCCGAGCCCAUGGACCAAGACACGAGAUGUGUCCGCGGGUUUGCUCCUGUGUGUUUGAGAGUCCCCCCUCCCCCCUCCCC